AUGGACUUCAAGCAAGUAAUACUGAGUCUGAAUUCACCAAACAAUGAGUUACGAAACAACGCUGAAAAACUGUACAUGAAUGCACUAGAGAAUGACUCAAACAACUUUCUGAAUGCACACGUAGAACUGAUGUCCUCACCAGAAGAAGUCACAAGAAAAGCCGUGUUGGUCUAUUUACACACUGCAUUCAACAAAAAGAUUCAACCCCCAUUCUUCAAUAGAAUUGCACCACAAUCACAAAGUCAGCUGUUCUUACAUCUUAUCGCCUUAUUCAAAAACGAACCAAGCGUUAGUGUGAUUCGAUCAGUGUCGGACGUCCUCACUGAUAUUUGCAUCAGUCUCUCAGCGUCUGAAACAUACAACUUUCAAAGUUACUUUGACACGAUAUUGGCUAUUAUCCAAUCACCAAUUGUUAACCAAAGACUCUUGUGUCAAAUGUGCAUUUCUUCUAUGCUUCUCAUCAUCACCGACGAACAACAACUGAAAUUCACACCAACGUUGCUUAAUGUGUUGAAAUUGGGUAUGGCAGACACUUCUAUUGAAGUCAAUUUGGCUGCUUUAGAUUCGUUUAUUUCAUCAAUCUCGUUGUACGACAAAGAAACGAUGCAAAAGGAACAACGCACCUUCAUUGAAUUGAUGCCAAGUGCAAUUCAAGUCUUUGGCAAAAUAUUAGCGACAAACGACAGUAAGUUGAUUGCCCAAGCCAUAGUGAUUUUAGAUCAAUUCUACGUUGUCCCCAGAGAAAUUACAAAGAACUACAUCAUGAUGUUUGUGCAUGGUCUUAUCACUGUUGCCAACAACACCGCCUUUGUGACUGAAAUCCAAAUUAGUGCUAUUAAUGCGAUUUUGGAAAUCGUUGGUCCAUUCAAGUUGUUGUUCAAAAGAGAGACUGCGGCGAUGAAUUCUGUUCUCGAGAAGGUGUUUUUAUGGUCGAAUAUGCUGAGUAAUGACGUUCAGUCGUGGAACAAUCUUGAAGACAUCGAAGAGCCCGAGGAAGAAUUAGCGGAAGGGAUGUUGAUGAAGAUGGGAGAGAUGUUUGGAGGGGAGAUAUUGUAUAACUUUGUCAUGCAUCAUAUUGGAGAGACGUGGACAUCGCAGUACACCACUUUGAAUUGGUUUUUGUUGUCUUUAGAAGAUGGGAGACACUUCUACAAGAACAAUUUGGAUAGUUUGAUUGCGUUGGUGCAGAGAUUGGUAACGAGCCAACACCCCCGCGUGCGCUACAUGGCACUCAAAUUGUUAGAUAACAUCAACAAUAAGUUUGUGAAGAGAAGUCAACGAUAUAUCGAGUUUUCAUUGAAUGCUGCGAACUCAGCAUUGAACGACCAGUUUAUUCCCGUUAUUCGAUGUGGAUGUGACAUCAUUUCGACGAUCAUUGAUAACGACAUGGUACCCCCAAAAACGUUUGAACCGAUUGCCUCUGCGAUGUUACAGAAGAUGAUUGAGAUCAUGGAGAAGUCGCAGAACUACAAACUGUUCAUAUCGGCACUAACUGUGAUGAACUUCAUCAUUCACUAUAUGAAAGGGUACAUCAACUCCAUUGUGCCUGUGCUCUAUACGUUCUUGAAGACUAAGUUGGUCUAUACUGACCAAGCGUAUGCUCGUUCUGAUGAGAAAGACAAGUUAAAGUUAUUGAAGAUCAAAGCGCGGUUGAUUGAAGGGAUGUCGUUAAUUGUGUUUGCCUCCGUCCAAUGCGUAUCGGCUGACAUGGUUGCCGAGAUCUUUGGGAUCGUCUUUAAAGUCUUCAGUCUUCCCGACACUGAGAAGGAUGAGCUGAUGCCAUAUGCGGAAAAAGCGUUGACAAGACUCUCCCCGUUGAUGAAAGACAAGAUGGCGCCGUACUUGCAAACGAUCGUUCCCUGUGUUGUACAAAAGGCAAUGGCAAAGCCGCGAAUCCAACUGAAUGAUGAAACCGUCGAUAUUGGCGAUGACUGGGCUUCUUCGUCCUUUUUGGGGACGAAUGUAUCUUUGAAGACGUCCGAUAUUGAUGAUAAGGUCGAUGCCUUGUCUACUCUCGACUUGUUUGUUGAAGAGCUUGGGGAGUUAAUGGUUCCUUAUAUCGAGCAAAUGACGCCAUUAGUUGAAUGUAUGUCCUUCAGUAUGGACUCUUCUGUUCGAAUGAAAGCGGUGACGUUGACACGAACGAUGUUUAAGAAGCGAAUGGAAGUCCUCCGAAAGACAUACAAUGAACGCGCGGUCGCGGAGAUGAAGAGCUCUGAAUUUUACAAGAAGAUGUUUGUGAAGUUUGUGAUGUGCAUUAAGAAAGAAAUUGAAGACACUGUUGUGUUGCAUGAAGUUGAGUCGUUCCGAGAGAUCAUUGAAGACCUUGGGGUGAAUGGGUUGACUGGAGAAGAGCUGAAAGUCCUCUUUGAGAUGUUCACGUUUGUCUUCAAUGAUUAUAAGACGUCCGAGAAUUACAAGAAUGUGGCGAGCGAAGGACUUCAAGCACUUACGGACGAAGAGAUGGAGAUGAUUAACCAUUCGGUGGAAACAGAGAGCGAUUCGGUGAUGACCUGUGGACGACUCUUUGAGUGUAUAGUGAUGAAUAACACACAGAUGUACUGGGAAUACUACCAAACCAUAUUGAACCCACUUGUUAUCGAGUUUUAUACUGGUUCAGAAACAUUCGUGUCUGUUGCUUUGCCGUAUUUGGGAGCUUUGGCCACUGUUGGGAAGCGCGAAGAAAUGGCGCUACAGCUGACGAGAGACAUUUUGAAUAAAAUUGGGACAGAAAGUGGACUUGAUGCGCAAUUCAAUGGGAUGGUAGUGCUUGUGUCUAUCUUGAAAACAUACUCGGACGAAUUUGUCAAGAACGUUUUAGAGGCGAUUGUGGUCAAAAUGAAUGUGAUGAACCAAUUAAGGGGCGGCGAGCGAAAUGAUUUGUUUGAGAUGGCCACGAUGGUGACCGGAGCGUUACUCAUCUUCCAUCAAAACUUGUGUAAAAGUGUGGGGAUUGAUGUGAAGAAUAAAGUCGAAGAAUGGUUUGGAACAGCUAUUAAUGUACACACCGUGGGGGAGUUUGCGAUUGACUUGUCGAUCGAGGCGGUACUUGCGGGAGUACUUAUAAUCGAUACAGAAAAUAAAUUGAGUAUGUACGUCAACUACAUUGGUAACACUAUGGAAGACGAAACCCUCGACGGAGCACAGUUCGCUAAACUUAGAAACGUACUUGCGAUUUUGAAAGCUAAGUUCUCGGACGAAGUGUUUGGUAAGAUUUGGAACACACUCAGUAUCGACGCUAAGGCUCAAUUCACACUCGUUAUCACGGGGAAAACACCACUUGAAUAA